AUGUUCAAAGCUGAGGAAUAUGUGAAAGGUUUCACCAAGUUAGAUAGUUUGAAUUGUCAAAAAAGUAUAAUCGGCAAUGCUGAAAAAGCAUAUGACCCGCAAACCCUUAGACAAAAAACUCGUUCGCUGCAACCCUAUAGUCAUGGAGCCGGUCCUUACACUGCCACGCAGCCGCGGAGCCCAAAUCCCCAAAGCCUCGGAGCCUACUCAUCGCACAACACAGGGCCUCCUGCACUGCUGCCACAGCCGCGGAGCUUAACAGAUACAUAA